AUGUCGGUCAUUCCUGACAAGAUCGGCUCGCUCCUUUUCUGUCCCAACUGCGGAUCGUUGCUCGACGUCCCCGGCGACGAAGAUUUCAUCAAGUGUGCUCCGUGUGGCGCCGUUCAGAACGCCAAGGUUUACGACAACCUCUCCAUUGUGACUCGCUCCCAUCCCUCGGCAUUCCCUUCCGCACUCCGUCAGAAGCGUCAGCUCGUCAACACAGCCGCUUCCAUAGGCAACGACAACAAGCCCAAGGAGGCCACCAUCAAGGAAAAGUGCCCCGGAUGCGGCAACGACGAGAUGAACUUCCAUACCCUGCAGCUCCGCUCCGCUGACGAAGGCACCACCGUCUUCUACGACUGUCCCAAGUGCGGCUACAAGUUCAGCCAGAACAACUGA